UCGACUGACUACUGGCACAAACAUCUCCUCAGGUAGCGUGAAGUCAAUCUUUUAAGCAGUUUGUAAAGUUUUUUAGCCGCGCCUAUGGGAGAAAUGGCGGAGCAAAAGAACUUCUCUGAAGUUAUUACUCAGAUAUUACAAGAAGCGCCAGAUGCCAGGAAACUUCUCGCUGAUAACCAGAGCAACCUCCUCCGAGUCGCAGAUUACUGCGAAAACAAUUAUCUCCAGGCAGAGGAUCCAAGUAAGGCUCUUGACGAAGCCAAGGCUUUAGCUAACCAGGCGCUGGCCAGUGUGACCUACCAGAUCAACAGCCUGGCCAGCAUUCUGCUUAGACUGCUGGACUCACAGGCGAUGCAGAUUAAAGCCAUAGAGUCCUCUAUCAACAUGCUGUCACUGGCUGCAGCGAUCCACCACGAGAAGGUAGCAAGGAGAGAGAUUGGUGUUUUUACCACUCCCAAAAACAAGAGCCGCUCCAAGCUUAUGACCCCGCCCCCUUCAGGCAGGCAGCCAGAGAUAAGCUACUCAAGAGCACCAAUAUCAUACUCCAUCUUGGACUCCACUGGACACUGUUUUCAGAUCCAGUCUUGGCAUCGCUGUGCCUCCGCCAUCAGUCCCCACCAACGACAGCCUCCCUCCCCCUCCUACUGCUGACCUGGACUCCAGCGUGACUUCUCCUCCACCCCCACCACCUCCCCCUUCCUCCAUGGACACUGGCCUCCCCCCUCCGCCUUCCUUGACCUCACCCACAUGUCUCCCUCCACCCCCGCCUCCGCCAUCAUCAGGAGCCAGUCCUCUUCCCCCUCCACCUCCACCUCCACCAUCAUCAGGAGCUGGCUCUCUUUCUCCUCCUCCUCCUCCUCCUCCUCCUCCUCCUCCCCCACCAGUGUCAGGAGCUGGUUCUCUUUCUCCGCCUCCUCCUCCUCCUCCACCCCCACCAGUGUCAGGAGCUGUGCCCCCUCCUCCUGCGCCACCCCUUCAUACCGGCACCUCUGGUACUGUGCCCCCACCACCUCCUCCACCACCUCCGCCUCCCCCUCUCCUACAUUAACGAACAGUAUAGUUCGUGCUAUGGGAGGAUUUUAUGUUAAGCUCGGGUGCAGCGGUGAACAGUGUGAGCAGACAUGCUGGCUGUUCGCCAUUAGACUGGUGUAUAAAACAUAUGCAGCGUGUUUUGAGAUCAACAUCAAGCAUAAAUAAAAGUUUGAAAACUUGUGUUAAGUGGUUUCACCUUGAGCUGUUUCCUGUGUGUUGAAUGACACAGCGAGAGCCUCAAAUGAUAUUCUUCCAGGGACAGAAAGUCCGCCAAAGCGAGACAUUCUGCCGUGUUGAGUGCUGCUCUGCUGAACAAGUUUCAACAACACGUUGCCUGCAUUCCUAAGAAACAAGCUGAAACAGGGAUUCUUGUGUUUCCCUGUUAUCCUCUCUUGUUUUCCUGUAAUGUGAUUUCCCUUCCUUAUUACGUCUUUGUGUUAUUGCAGUUUCUCAAUCAGUAAGAGUCACCUUAAAAGCCAGCGGCCUUUCACCUAACACUCAUUCUACCUUGUCAAUGAUGAGGUUGCUUACGUCACAGGCUGUAACCUCAGUGAGUUCUGCUACUUUAAACAGGUCAAUGACACUAUAAAAUGCCUGUUGCAAGUCAACACUCUUACUUAAUCUUCACUACAUGGCUGCUACU